AGGAAGUGAAAUCCGGCAAAGAAUGAAAAAGAAAGAACGCCAUUCAUCGUUGCGACUAAAGAAGCGAAGAGCUUCUACAUAUGUUGUUGACAAUUUGGUUUUAAUGAAUAUAGGAGGUCUGCGGUCAGCUUUCUGAAGCAGGUCCAUUGAAACACACAGGCUUACACAACCAUCACACACCCGCCUGGGCGGAUCUGACGGUGCCCAGCCUCUGGGGUGGGGGCUUGAGGAUGGACGUCCAGGGGUCCCCCGGGAGGCCCCCGGUGGUGCAGGCCCAGCCUCAGAUGGACCUUGGGGGCCAAGGCCAGUGGAGCAGCGGCCUGUGUGACUGCUGGCAGGACAUGGGAGACUGCUGCUUGGCCCUGUGCUGUCUCCCUGUGUUCACCUGUAAGGUGACCAGUGCCGCGGGGGCGUGUCCCUUCCUUCCUCUGUUGGACUGCCUGGGCUGCGUCCCGCCCGCCUCGCUCGCCAUGCGGGCGUCCGUCCGCCAGCGAUACGGCAUAGAGGGCAGUGUGUGGAGCGACUGUUUCUAUGGAUGCUGCUGCUACCCGCUGUCUUGGCUGCAGAUCUCCCGUGAGCUCAAGAGACGAGCAGCGACCCACGCCCACCGGACUCUGUCCUCGUCCUCAGCCAGAUACAUUGCUCUGGCCUCCCAGCAGGGGGCACACUUGAUCUAGAAAUACAACGCUUUUUUAAAUAUCCUAUUUGUUUCCUUAUUUAGUGAGUUAUUUGCCCUCAGAAAUUAUAUUUGUGGUACAUUUUUGUCUGUGAAAUGUGUUACUUCAUUAUGUUUCUGUUUUCUUGUAUUGCUACUUGAAGUUUUGAAUGCUGUUCAUUUUUAAAUAAAUGUAAAACUUGAAUGAAUCCUAAAUGAAUGAAUAUUAAUACAUUAACUAAAUCGUGUACUUAAAAAUGCGAAGUCGCUCCAAUAAUAUUGGACAAAUCUAUGCUAUCUUUACAUUGGGUCUUGCAUAUUUAGACACUGCAGCCUCAAAACGUUUUCUGGAAAAUGUCUACAAAUAGUGUAAAUCUACAUUAGUAGUAUAAUAUAAUAUAAUAUAUAAUAAUUGUUCAGAAGCACUAGGUAUACUAAAGGCUCACAAUUCAGAUGCAUCACCCACAUGUAUACACAGGCCUACUACUAAAUACCAACACUUAGUUUGUUUUUCCUAAUACCAACUGUAUCAAUAAUGAGUGCUUGGACAAUGCAUUGGUGCUUGUUUCAUUUGUUUAAUCUGUAGGUAACUUUCCAGAAAUAGCAUAAUAGGCUAACCCAGAAAUUGCAUGUAAAAGACAGAAGUGUCACACUCUGACACCUAUAACUCUAAAUAUUGGUUCUGGGUACUGCAGUAUUUGGUGGGUUUGUAGUUAGUUAUUUUGUUUUGUGCUUUCCUCUUUUUGGAAAGGGGUUCUUAGUUCUUUGGCACGUCAAUAAACCUUUUUGCUA